ACGGCAGGCGGGCGCGCGCGGCUUCCUAACGGCCGACAUUUUUACACCGAAAGAAAAAAAAAAACAAAAACAAAAAACAAACCAGCAAAGAAACCAACCGAACCUGUGGACUAACCGGACGAGCGGCGGGAUUCUGGACGGGUUUGCUUUUGAAGUCGGUGGACAUAUCGCCGCCACCCCGCCUCCCUCUGCUUCCUCCUCCCUCUUUCCCCGGUCGAGGUGGUCUCCGAGCGGGGAGCGCGAGGGAGCCCGACCCGGGCGGAGCGGCGGCUCUCCGAAGCGGGAGCACCGCGGACCUUCCCCGGGGAGGGGGAGGGGGGGCGGGGGAGGGAAACGAGAGACACAAGCCGAGAGCCGAGGCGGCUUUCCGCUCUUUGUCCGGUCGGUCGUGACAAGCGGAGGAUUUUAACGGCGCGUGUGGAUUGUGUUUGUUGUUACCUGAGCGGAGGAGGAGGAGGACUCGGCCCGAGACAAAGGUACAAAAGGAGGCCGGAGGAGGAGGGGGUGGUACACCCAUCCAUCCACCCAUCCAUCCAUCCAUCCAUCCAGCCAGCCAGCCAGCGGUUGGGCUGUGAUCGCCCAGAGCAAGGCUUUGUCCGCCACCAUCCUGCGCCUCCGGCUGGGGAGGGGGACUGGGUGAUUUACAGCACCUUCACCAGGAUUACCAGCAGAGCAACCCCCCCAGCUCGACCCCUUCUCCAUCUGAGUGCCGGACCGACAUGUAUCCACAAGGCCGGCAUCCGGCGCCUCACCAGCCGGGACAGCCUGGCUUCAAGUUCACCGUGGCCGAGUCCUGCGACCGGAUCAAAGACGAGUUUCAGUUCCUGCAGGCGCAGUACCACAGCCUCAAGGUGGAGUACGACAAGCUGGCCAAUGAGAAGACGGAGAUGCAGCGUCACUACGUAAUGUACUACGAGAUGUCCUACGGGCUCAACAUCGAGAUGCACAAACAGGUACAGAGCCGCUCUGUGUACAGCCAACACACACACACCACACACACACACACACACACACACGCAUGCUCACCUGCCCUCAGCGCCUCGUCCUGA